UUUCAUAGGUCCAAUAUGCUGUCCAUGGAAGAAAUAAACAAAACUGCAAAGGUACAAUUCUUCUUUCGUCCAUUCUCAGCUGACCCUACAGUACAGAUGGUGACUUUUGUGGCCUUCCUGGUGAUGUACCUGACCAGCCUCAGUGGAAAUGCCACGAUUGCAGUCAUUGUCCAGAUCAACCACUCCCUCCACACCCCCAUGUACUUUUUCCUGGCUAACUUGGCCGUUCUGGAAAUGUUCUAUACAUCUUCCAUCGCCCCAUUGGCCUUGGCAAACCUGCUUUCAAUGGGCAAGACUCCUGUGUCCAUCAGUGGAUGUGGCACCCAGAUGUUUUUCUUUGUCUUCUUGGGUGGGACUGACUGUGUCCUGCUUGCAGUCAUGGCUUAUGACCGGUUUAUAGCAAUCUGUUACCCUCUGAGAUACACCCUCAUCAUGAGCUGGCCCUUGUGUGUGGAGCUGAUGGUAGGGUCCCUGGGGCUGGGGUUCCUGCUGUCCCUGCCACUGACUAUUUUAAUCUUCCAUCUCCCAUUCUGCAACAACAAUGAAAUCUACCACUUCUACUGUGACAUUCCUGCAGUCAUGCGCCUGGCUUGUGCAGACACACAUGUUCACAAGACUACCCUCUAUAUCAUUAGCUUCAUCGUCCUAACCAUCCCCCUCUUACUGAUCUCCAUCUCCUAUGUCUUCAUUGUGGCAGCCAUUUUGAGGAUCCGGUCAGCAGAAGGGCGUCACCGGGCCUUCUCCACCUGCUCCUCCCACAUCUUAGUGGUCCUCCUGCAGUAUGGCUGCACCAGCUUCAUAUACUUGUCCCCCAGUUCCAGCUACUCUCCUGAGAUGGGCCGGGUGGUGUCCGUGGUCUACACUUUUAUCACUCCCAUUUUAAACCCCUUGAUCUAUAGUAUGAGGAACAAGGAACUAAAAGACGCCCUAAGAAAAGCACUGAGAAAGUUCUAG